GUUUGUUCACUUCGGGAUCGAUUCUUUUGUAGGAGUUUUUUCGUUCCUUUCGAACGAAAAGAGAAUCUUUUUUAAAAAAUCGUCAUUUUUUCAGUAUUUUACUACUUUCAAGUCGCUAGCGAGCAUCGAGAGUUGAAAAAAGUUCUCCAAACAGGUGCAAGUUACCGGACAGUCGGACGUUGGGAACAUAACAGCGGUGAAGUUGAAGGUUUUUACGAUUCAAGCUGGUCUGCACCGACUUGCAGAAUUGACACCGAAACUGAGAGCUCUCACCUUGGACGAGAGCCGCGUCCACUCUCUCCGCGAUCUGGGCUCGUCCUUGAAGUCUUUGGAGAAUUUGAGCGUUUGCAGCUGUGGCUUGAAAUCUCUGGAUGGAAUUUGGGGCUUCCAGAACCUCAAAGUGUUUUUAGCCCGUGACAAUAUGAUUACGGAUAUUUCUCAAUGCUCGAGCGUCGACAAACUCGUUACGUUAGACGUCGCCAAAAACGAGAUCGAGGACGCGUCGUCUUUUGCUUUUUUGAGAACUUGCAAGCGUUUGCGAAGCCUCAACGUGGCUGGGAAUCGAUUUUAUGAUUACAGAGACCUCAUGACACGACUUUUACCCCAACUUAAAAUUCUCGAUGGAGAAGAUAUAGCAGCGGCGAGCAAAUCCGUCGAUCGAUUGAAACGAGCCGAUUCCGAGCUGCCCAAAAAUUUAAGUCCCAACGCUAACGAGCCCAGUCACCAGGUUCCUUCAAUACCAAAAAAUCAAAACGACGAUGAUUUUUCUCCCGAGGAAAACAAGGCUCCGCGGUCACAACGAAGGACGCCGGAGACGGAAAGUGUUUCGUCCCACGAGUAACCGCGAUGACCCCGAGAUAAACGUACUGGAAGAUGAGCAGAUAAUUCGAGAUAUUAAGGAUAAUGUAAUCGCGUUUCAUCGAUUUUCUCAAUGACACACAAAUUUAAUGCGACGUCAAUGUCAGAUUUUCCUCCGAAUGUGGGUCAGUCAAUGUGGAGAUACGACGAGAGCAACUCGGUAUCGGAAUUCUUUGUAUAAAAAUGCCAUAAACGAUAUAUUGUUGACAAAAAGCAGGCGAAUAUCGAUACAGGCUGGAAACAAGUCGAGCAAACUGUCAAGGGGGCCUGCGAUAAGCCGAAAUUCAGCCGCGUCUCUUCGUUCACGUAAUUCAUCAAAAAAUCCAUUCGCUCUUCCGGCAGCGAGUGCAAUUCGUAAUUUUGAUGGGCACCAUUUAUUUGAAGCAUGCUCAUCAGCCACUUGAGGCGUUACGAAGCAUCGAUCUAAACAGUGAAAUUGAUUUUUAUGAAAUCUCAUGUCCGAUACUACACGUAACGUCUAUGUUUCUAUGACUGAAACGGUACAGAAAAAUGUUGGGCGCGAAGUCCAAGAGGGUGAAUACGUACUCCGAAUUGUACACAUCGACUAUAGACGAGCACGUUUGCGUAGUUAUUCAGAGCAGUAUUCUGGAUUUGUAGGUCGAAUUUGUUGCUGAGAACGACGAUGAUUCACGUAAGAAUCAGAUAUACGCGAUUGUUUUCAAUCACUGAAAACGGAAUUUUGUUCAUUCAAAUAAGUUCAUUUGGUUAAAAUUUAUUUUUCCGAUUAAAUCAUUGAUUAUUUUCAAUCAAGAAAAUGGCUGAAAGAACAUUUUGUUGCUACAACUAUCGAUAUUUGGUUGAUUUCUCAGGAUAUUUAAGGGGCUACCCUAAUUAGAAUUUACGAAAAGUCAUUUUUUUUACUGCGUUUUUCAAAAGUAUACAUAUUUAAAAGGAUCGUACUAAAAUUUUAUGAAGAUCUGAGCAAUCCGAGUGUACUUUUGAGCGACCUUUGCUUGGCUGUCCGAGCGCGCUAAUACGCACCGUUACGGUUUUCUCAAAAUUACGUUUUGGACGGAUCGUUGAUAAAAUGUCGUACGAAUUUUGAAAUUUUAAGUGGAGCUAUUUGUUCUUGAUAAAAACGAUGAAAAAAAACGUGCUUUUUCAUAGUUUUUGGAAAAAUGGCGGCCAGUUGGUUAUUUUUGAAAAAAUCAAAAAAUCGUAUGACGUGCGCUGUGGAUUUACCGAAUAGAUU